AUGGACUCACCACUCCUCGAGACCUUCGAUUCCAUUGCAGUGGCUCUGGCUCAGGCUCUGGAUAGCCAACCAGCACCCAGUGACUCUGCGAAGGCUCAUGACGGCGACCGUCCUAGUCCACUCGCAGAGAGUCGAUAUCACCCAUACUCUAAGCUGCAGUCAGGAGCCGAGCUCAGAUCUCUCGAGGAGCAUCUCGCACGUGAAGUACGGCAGCAGCUCAAGGCUCUGAUAGAUCUUCGUGACAAUAAGCUGCCCUUCGUUCGAGAGCUUCUGGACAAGUUAGCUCAGUGUCCGAUCUGCUUUGAGACGAUGAGACGACCGUACUUCGUACCUUCCUGCCGCCACGCUUUUUGCUCCACCUGUCUCAAAGCAGUCUGCAAGAGGGCGCCAUCUACUCAGACUCGUUGUCCGAUGUGUCGCGGGCCCAUUGCGGGAGCACCUAUUAGGUUGUCACCUAUGGAGGAUGCUCUACAUGUUCUUCUUCAGACUCUACGCAAUCGACCUGUGUAA